GAUCAACCUUCUGUGUCGCCUAGACAGCUUUCGCCUCGCGGUACUUGCGGUGUGUGAUGCAACGGUGAUGAUUGGCCCACCUGUCCAUGCACGCUGCAACAAGCAGGUUCAGGUUCUUGAUCAGGAGGUCUCGAUGCCCCGACGGAUAACACUGAUUGCUUCCCCGGCCAUUCAAUACCAACUGGAGAGUGAAUCACAUACUCCCGGAGGUAUGCAGCUCUCCCGACUCGAAGUCAAUUGAGAUAGAAUCUAUACCACUCAUCCAUACCCUUCCUCCCAGCCAAGCAGCGCCAGUCUUCACUACAUAAGGCAGGGUGAAUAACGAAGUGACGACAAUGGAACACCCGACAUCCAACCACACCUACAGUCCACCCCUGGACAGCAUAUUCCUCCUCCUACCAAUCCUCCUCGUACCAACCAUCUUCCUCCUCCACCGUAUCCACAAAGACUACCAAGCCUUCCUCGCCCUCGGCCCCGGCGGCACUCCAUCGACCCCAACAGGCUACCUCCGCAUCUGCCUCCUCCGACUCUUCACAAUCCGGGACCCCUUCCAACCACCCUCCCUCCCACUGACCCUCCUCCCCAAGACCGGCCUCCUAAACUCCAACAACCUCCCGCAACGCCAUGGCCCACGCCCCACCGUCGCCGGAAUCGCUCCCCAGCGCCAAAUGACCCAAAAGGCCAAUCCAGCCAUGUACGAGACCCUCUCGACCGAGAUCCAGAAACUAGUAUCCCAAAACCCAGAAGCCCUCUACGAAGGGACCUCAUGCUUCGAAAAACACAGCACGGGCAUGUUCUGCUCCAGCACCGACACACCCCAGCAACAAAGCGCAGGCACGCUCAAAGACCGCGACAUCUCCUCACUAAUGAUGUCCCGCAACCAACAAUGGCGUCACCGCCGCACCUGCAACGGGGAAGUAUGUCACGCGCACCCCAGCGACGGGAGUCUGCAUUUGACGCUGCAUCCGGCAGACGUUAAAGCAGUGAUCGAGCGGGGCUGGGGCCAGCGACAUCCAUUAACGCGGGAGAGCUGGUGGUGGUGUUAUUUGCGGACCGUGCCGACGGGGUUCGUCAUGAUAUAUGCGCCGAGGGAUCAAAAGGAGUUGGAAUGUGUCUUGAAGAUUAUUCGUGCUGCGGCGUGGUGGGUGAGUGGGGAGGAGCUAGUGCAGCAGAAGACGCAGAAGUGGGAGGGCGCACCUGUUCGUCGUCAAGUUGUGGAAGGAUGUAGGUGAUAUAUAUACACUGUAUAUACAUGAUACUAUAGUAUAUCAGUUCACAUAUAUAUAGUAGUAGAGCAAACAAGAUCUUGGAUAAUUGGCUUUGGGGAUGUGGGAUGUGGGAUGUGGUAAUGGGACGUUCGUUCAAGGACUCGACACAUGGGAAAACGGAGGAACCUGAAAGAUGGAUAGACUGC